UCAAAGCCAUAAAAAACCAAUUUUUUGCUGUGUCCGUCCUUUUUCUUUGAUUCUUGGCAGUACCCAGUUUCUUGUUCUCUGAUUUUGAGGCUAAAAUGACAGAUUAUGUGGUGAAAGUUGAAGAUGGCAGACCUUCUGGUGAUGGAAAGCCGUCUGCAGGACCUGUGUAUAGAUGCAUUUAUGCUAAAGAUGCUCUCAUGGACUUUCCUGCUAGACUGGAGUCUCCUUGGGACUUCUUCAGUGAUUCUGUCAAGAAAAAUCCAAAAAACAACAUGCUUGGUCGGCGUGAGAUUGUUGACAAGAAGGCAGGUUCCUAUGUAUGGAUGACAUAUGAAGAAUCCUACAAUACAGCCAAAAGAGUUGGAUCUGCUAUUCGGAAAUGUGGUGUGAAUCCUGGCAAUAAGUGUGGCAUAUAUGGCUCUAACUCUCCAGAAUGGAUAAUGGCAAUGGAGGCUUGCAACAGCCAAGCCAUUUCUUAUGUACCAUUAUAUGAUACUCUUGGUGCGAAUGCAGUGGAGUUCAUCAUAAACCAUGCCGAAUUGGCAAUAGCUUUCAUCCAAGAGAGCAAGAUGCCAGCUAUACUAACCUGCUUACCAAGAUGUGCACAUCUGAAAACUAUCGUCAGCUUUGGAUAUAUUUCCAGUGAGAAGAAAAAGGAAGCUGAACAGCAUGGUGUAGCAUGCUAUUCAUGGGAAGAGUUCAGUCAAAUGGGAAGUUUGGAUGAUGAACUUCCACCAAAAAGUAAGAGUGAUGUCUGCACAAUAAUGUAUACCAGUGGAACAACAGGAGAACCAAAAGGUGUCAUUCUAAGUAACGAGGCGGUGAUGGCCGAAGUCUUAUCUGUAAAUCAACUGCUUUUGUUAACAGACAAAGCGGGUUCGCCGGAUGAUGUAUACUUUUCGUUCCUUCCAUUGGCUCAUAUAUUUGAUCAGAUAAUCGAGACAUUUUGCAUUCUUAGUGGUGCUUCAAUUGGAUUCUGGCAAGGCGAUAUAAGAUACUUAAUUGAGGAUCUUAUUGUAUUAAAGCCAACUAUAUUUUGUGGGGUUCCGCGAGUUUAUGACCGCAUAUACACAGCCACAAUGGAUAAAAUAUUGACUGGUGGCACAUUGAAGAACCUACUCUUUCAGUAUGCCUAUAACUACAAGUUGAAGAAUCUGGAAAAAGGACUUAGACAAGAAGAAGCAGCUCCUUUAUUUGACAAGCUAGUGUUUGACAAGAUUAAACAGGCAUUUGGUGGGCGGGUAAGGCUUAUGCUCUCUGGAGCUGCUCCGUUGCCCAAACAUGUAGAGGAGUUUUUGAGGGUGACAUGUUGUUGUGUCUUAUCACAAGGAUAUGGCCUUACAGAGAGUUGUGGAGGAUGUUUGACAUCCAUAGCCAAUGUGUUCCCAAUGACAGGGACAGUUGGUGUCCCAAUGACUACAAUUGAGGCAAGGCUUGAGUCAGUGCCUGAGAUGGGAUAUGAUGCACUAGCUAGCACUCCACGUGGAGAGAUUUGUUUGCGUGGAAAGACAUUGUUUUCAGGAUAUUAUAAGAGGGAAGAUCUCACCAAGGAUGUUCUUGUGGAUGGAUGGUUUCAUACUGGUGAUAUUGGGGAAUGGCAGCCUAAUGGAGCAAUGAAAAUCAUUGAUAGGAAAAAGAAUAUAUUUAAGUUGUCUCAAGGAGAAUAUGUUGCUGUAGAAAGCCUGGAAAGCACUUACUCUAGAUGCCCUCUUGUGGCAGCAAUUUGGGUUUAUGGGAACAGUUUUGAAUCUUUCUUGGUGGCCGUGGCAAUUCCAGAGAGAAAGGCACUUGAAGAUUGGGCUCAAAUUAAUAAGGAAACUGGAGGCUUUGUAGAACUAUGUAAGAAUCCGAGGGCGAAAAAGUAUGUUUUGGAUGAGUUAAACAGUACUGCUAAGCAACACAAACUACGCGGCUUUGAAAUGUUAAGGGCCGUUCACCUUGAGCCAGUUCCUUUUGACAUUGAGAGGGAUCUUGUUACUCCCACCUUCAAGCUGAAAAGACCACAACUACUUAACUAUUACAAGGAUUGCAUUGAUCAACUGUAUAAAGAAGCAAAGGGCAUGUCAUCAUAGCAACUAUGAAGUCUUACAUCCACGCAAGAAGCUGAUGCAUGAACUAUGAACAUUAUUAGUUACAAAGUUGUCCCUCCCAUGUCUCUGGAAGAACUUCUGUACCAGUAAUUAUUUUAUUGUUCCAGGAACCUUUCUUGGAGACAAAGGAAUGAAAUACAAUUGUGACAUAUAAUAUUUGUUCAAAAGCAGAAACAGGAACUCGUAUAAUAUAUGGAGUAUAUUCCAAACAGUAAAUACAUUGUUUCUGAUCUUUGUAUCAAGGAACUGGUCAUAAAAUAUGGAGUAACUAAAUGGAAAAGAUUAAUAAUGGCCUUGAUAUAAUGUACUCAUUUGAUAAGGUAAGAAAUUGAGUAAUGGCUCAAAACAAAAGAUGUUCAACAUUAUGGUAUCCAUAUUUUCAAAAAAAAAAAAAAACUUAUGAUAUCAAUGACAUGAUGAGUCAUAGUCAUCAUGUUGAUAAUUUUCAUCUCCACGAGUUCUUCACCAUUUUAAGCUUACUUAGAAUGGUCAUCAGGUGAACGGCCCUCGGAUUCUCACAUAGUACUUCACUAUGUUGAUGAGUCACAGUCAUCAUGCUGUACUCUUCUUCAUGUUCACAAAUGAGAAUGGUACCAGUUUUGGAAUUAUAUGAAUUGGGUAUUACAAGUUCUCUUUCAAUUUCUGAAAU